GCCUUGCCAAGACCAGCCCCCAUUCUUCACCAAUGAACGGGCAAAUUCGCAAGCGGCAUAAGCGUUUCACUAUGGCCGAGACGGACAGUGACAGCUUGCGAUCGAGAUGUUGUUGACAAAACACUGAAGAUCUGAUAAAUGCAACGUUGGUGCCCAAAUGAGAAAGUAUUUUGAUCGAUCCUACUAAAACCAGGUGGUUUGUAUUUAGAAGCCUUUGGGAGUGAGGCUACCGGCAAACCGACGACAGAUAUUGGGGAGGACAGAUCUGCUUAUCGGAACUGUGAGCGAUAACGCGCGACCUUUCUGGAGUAAAGGCUGUGUUAACGACCGCGCCACCGACCGGAAUAUGAACCAUGGCAACCGCAUCACUCUGGAAAGAGGCCGUGCGCACUUUACAUCAUUUGUGUUCAUUUGUCCUUUUUGGAGAAUAUUUAGUCGGGUAGUUUUAUGUGGUUUACAGCAUUGUAAGACGUUUUAUUAGUUAUCGAGCUGUGAUUAUUUGUAGUGCAUCUAACUCGGGAUAUGGAUAUUUGGACUUGGUUGCGUUAAAAGGACCCGCUACCUGCCUGUCCAUCAUAAUGGAACAAGAUGAUAACCAAGAUACAUGCGAACCUCCUCUGCAUGCCCUUUACGGGCCCAACCGGAUCCGGCCGUCAUCGUACCGGGCCCUGCGAAGUGCCGUGUCCAGCCUGGCACGAAUUGACGAUUUUUUCUGUGAAAAAAUCGGUUCUGGGUUCUUCUCAGAAGUCUUCAAGGUGCAGCACAGGAUCACAGGGCAGGUGAUGGCUCUGAAGAUGAACACACUGGCCAGCAACAAAGCCAACAUGCUGAGAGAGGUGCAACUCAUGAACCGCCUUUGUCACCCCAACAUCCUCAGGUUUUUGGGGGUGUGUGUUCAUGAAGGACAGCUUCAUGCUCUUACAGAGUACAUAAAUGGGGGCAACCUGGAGCAGCUGCUGGACAGUGACAUAUAUCUGUCAUGGAGUGUGAGAAUAGGUCUGUCUCUGGACAUUGCAAGAGGGCUGCAGUACCUACACAGCAAGGGCAUUUUCCAUCGAGAUCUUACAUCAAAGAAUUGUCUGGUCCGUUGUGACAAUGGUGCUUUUACCGCUGUGGUUGGGGACUUUGGGCUGGCAGAGAAAAUCCCUGAUUACAGUGAUGGUGUUGAAAAGCAGCCUUUGGCUGUUGUGGGCUCCCCCUACUGGAUGGCUCCAGAAAUGUUAAGAGGAGAGCUGUACAAUGAAAAGGUGGAUGUUUUUGCAUAUGGAAUAAUCCUUUGUGAGAUUAUUGCUCGAAUUGAGGCUGACCCAGAUAUCCUCCCACGAACUGAGGAUUUUGGACUGGAUGUGGACACCUUUGAACAAAUGGUGGGAGAUUGUCCACCUUCAUUCCUUCGCCUGGCUGUCAAUUGCUGCAAUAUGAGUGCAGACAGUCGUCCUGCCUUCUCUGAAAUAGUAGUGACACUUGAGAGGAUAGAGAGAGAGAGGAAGAUGAGUGAAGCUCCAGUCAUCCUAGAACCCAUUGCUAUUGACGUCAGCCCAUACAGGAGGAGAAGCUCGCCGUGCCACCCCGGUGACCAGCGCCUGUCCCGUAGUCAGUCAGACGUAUUGCCUCCUGCCACAUCACCGUGUUUAGGCACGCCUGCACGGGUCAACCCAUUCUCUCUUCGCCAAGACCUCAAUGGUGGUCGCAUCAAGCUGUUCGACACCCCUAGCAAAUCUGUCAUAUCUCUUACCUUUACCCUUCCACCACCUCCAGACCCCUGUGCCUCCCCACCACUAAACGGGAGCCCAGGACUCCGAGGUCCCCCUCGAAGGUGUCGCUCCCUGCCAUGCACCCCUGAGCUGGGACGACAGCUACCCUUCCGGGACCAAGAGGAGGAGAGGAUUGAAGACCUGAGAGAUGGAAUAAAAGAGAAAGAGGCGGAAGGACGACAAGAUGUGGUGGAGGACUCAGGCCUGGUUCUGGACUUAGAUAUGGUGUCUUUAGAACGGGUAGAGGAGGAAGAAGAGGAUGAAGAGGUGGAGAAGGAGGGACUGAGCCUCACAGAGCCCAUGGACUGUAGCAGCUCGCCCGACACGGCGGAAGGAAACAUGUCAGGGAAGCGGCUUAUCAGCGGUUCUUCUUAUUCCUCGUCCUUGCAGUCCAAUGGUUGGGCUACACCCAUCUCUAACGGACCACCGUUAUUACCUCCCCUUCCCCGGUUGGACAAUAACAAUGGACUGCUGAGGCCUGGACGGCCGAUGGCAUGGGCAAGACUGAACGGAUACCGAGGCCCCGCUCCGGAGCCUUUACCGCCCGCUAAUGAACAGGACGAUGUCAUUUCUUGUCCAGCCUGCUGUCUGGCUGGGUUCAGCUUCCCUUCCAUAUGCCUGCGUGGAGCUCCUCCGUCACGCCGUGGACCUCCACGACGACCGUACAGGAACUUCAACGGAGGGGAAGCAUCUGCAGCCACAGCGAAGGGACUGCUCUGUCGGGGAGCUACGGGUCUAGCUCCAUCCACAGCAACUUGUGAGCCAGGGUUACCCCUACCAGAGGCCCAAACCUGAAGAUGACCACUGCGAUCUUAAAACUGGAACACCAUACAGUCAGGCCACAAGUCUGAUGUCAGGAUGGUUAACGUAGUGGAUGCAGUGCAGGUUGAAACAUUGAAUCAAAGGGAUCGUUCACCCAAAAAAAGAAAAUUCUGUCAUUUACUCACCCUGAUGUUGUUCAAGACCUGUAUGACUUAGGCUAGGUUUACACUAGUGCAUUUUUGUUUUAAAACGUCUACGUUUUGCUGCGGUUACUCCAGCGUUUUCGAACCUCUGAGACUUUCGAAAGUUGCCUAUCGGUGUGCUGUCAGUGUCCUCUUCGCUCUGCUAUGUAUGUGUGAGUGAUUGGUCAGAUCACCUGUCAGUCAAACUCGGAUACAUGUCACAAUAAGGAAGAAAAUACUAUCGCAACUUAGUUUCAUUCCGACGCUGAUAGACGCAAGUUGCUAGAAUUGGUCUGCAUCAUACUUUACUAUUUAUUUAAUAAAAAAAACUUUCGAAAGCACUGCAGACCCCGUUUAGUUUAGUUUGAAAACUCUGGGGUUGCGUUUCAGUGUAAACAGAUCAAAAAAGAAAAAACAAUGGCGUGGUUGCCCACAUUCGCUCUGCUUAUUCUUGGCGACUGAGAAAACAGUAACAUCAUGCUCGUGAUGAAUGGUAAUUGACGUGUGUUUUCGGUUGUAUAGUGUGGACGGCGAUUGUUUCGAAAGUGCAGUAAAAACGCCAGUGUAGAGGAUCGUUUCCAUUUUAAAACGCUGUUUUAAAACAAAAAUGCACUAGUGUAAACAGGGCCUUACUUUAAUCUGAGGAACACAAAAGAUGUUUUAAAAAAUGUCUGUUUUUGUCUAUACAGUGAAAGUCAGUGUUAUUUCCUUGUAUGGAUGUUUAAAACAUUCUUAAAAGUGUCAUAUUUCUAAUUUACGGCCUUAACAAAAUCAGUUUUUGGCAUGAGGGUGAUAAAAUAAUGACAGAAUUCACACAAUAUUUAUGAAAAAUAAAACCGAUAUUGUGAAAUAGCUUAGUUUCAGAUUGAGAUAAAAAAAACAGUGCCGCAGUUCACUCUGAAAGUUGCAGUGUUUAUAUUUUUAUGCUGGCAACUUAAUAAUAAAUGCCUGAUGGUUAACUUUUAAAAAUAAGGAAACUAAGGCACAAAUAUUAGUAUUAUAAUUUUACAGUGUACUAUGAAAUAAAACUGUAUUUAUUAAAUACCCUUUUUAUAUAUUUCUUGUUUUGUUACAUUUUAUUUUAUUAAUUUAUUAAUUUUAUUUAAUAAUAAUCACAAUAAAAAAUUGUUUUACAGUCAUUUAGAAUUAGACAGAAACAAUGGGAAUGCAGCCUAUGAAAACUUAAGUGGAAAGAGAUUUUUUUUUUUUUUUUUUUUUUUUUUUUUCAAAACUAUGUUUAGUUUAUAGUUACUGAAAGAGUAUGAAGUUGUUGUUUUUUUGGAAACUUAAAUGUGAACACUUAAUUUUUUAUUUAUUUAUUUAUUUUUAUUUAUUUAUUUCAAAAUAGUCAGGCCGUAGAAGGAUGAUUCACAUUCAUUCAUUCAUAAAUAAAUAAAUGAAUGAAUAAAUAAAUAUGCAAAUGCACUUCCUGAUAAAAUCACCUUAUUCUAUAAUUUUUGAUUUAUUUAAUUUAUUUUAUUGUAUUUAUUUAUUUAUUCGAAAUAUAGCUGUUUAAGCCAUCAGCUGAAAAGUCCUUUCUUUUUCAUAUCGCACUAUGUAUAACAGUAAAGCUUUUUGUUUUUGGGUGAACUAUCUCUUCAGAUGUGUGUAUGAGACACACAGUAUAGAAGUGAGGAAUGAAAGGCAUGCUGGUUCUAUAGUGCCAGUUCUUUAUCAUGGUCUUUUUUUUCCAUAAUUCAGAAUAACUUCAUAUCAUUACUGUACAAUAAUGGCUGCUUUUUAUUGUGUGCUCUUUUUGGCUCCAUAAAUGUUUGACUGACUGAAAGCCACUGUUUAAGAAGAAAAAAUCAAAUACUGUGUUUGUAAUAAGGGAGACCUACAUGAAAAUAGUGGCAUGUCAAGCAUUUUAAGCGUGUUAUUGGAUUUAUUUAUAUAUUAGAUAAGCAUUCCUCUGAAAAACUGAAUGCUCUUCACUUUGCUGUGAGAGUGAACUAGGGUGUGUGACACUGGGUACUGAUGUCAGACAUUUUUGUGAUACAUGUGUAUGUUUAGACGCAAUGUAUGCAGUAAAUCAUGGUAAUUAUGUAAAGUGUACUGUUUAAUAGGCAUUUUUUUAAAUGAACACUUACACAUUUUGAGUUUUACACAGAAUGUGCAGGAGUGCUUGUAGAAGAUAGCAGUUUACAUUUUUUAUCUCCCCUUAGUGGUCUGGAGGAUACACUCUUGUUAGAUCACUGCUGCUGUUGUUUUUUGAAAAAAAAAAACUGAUUCCUCUCACAUGAGAGAAGUUAGAGGACAUUUAUCUUCAAGUUUUAUCUAGUUCAGCUUUUUUGUGAUGUUCAAGGUAUGAAAUCGUAUUUAAAAAAGCAAAAGAGCGUCUUGCACAAAGUGUUUCCUGAUGCCACUAACAUUUACUCAAGACAAAUAUGACACACCCCAGCACAAAUGUUUAACAGAUCUGCUUUGUGUUUGAACAUGAGUGUGCAUUUUCACAGGAACCUAGAUUCACUAUUCUGGGACUGAAAGUAAUUCAUAUUGAGUCUAAACUAACGUUUUGCAUUAGUUUAUGCAAAGUCUGUUAUGCUGAAGUGUUUCUGAAGUGUGGAUUAUGUCUCAGAAACGCAUCCACUGAAUUUCCUCAUGCUUGUUUGUGUACAUCUGCUAAUGAGAUGAGCAUAGGAAGUAUCUGCAUGCUGAGUACUGUACAAAAGAGUGAUCUGUACAUAUCAAUGCAUGACAAUAGACAAGAAGCUGUCUAGCACGUUAAAACUUCCCUUCAGGCUGGCAUCAGAGGUGAAGUUGUCUCAAGGCGUUUUUGUCAUAUUGAGAUCUGAAUUCUGAGACGAGAUAUGGAUGCAAUAAGUGCUCUUGGUUUAAACAGUAACUUUUA